AUACUGACAGACACAAGCGCACAGCUGCACAACUGCAACGCUGACGUCGGAUAUUUGACAUUCCAACAUGUGUAAAGGACUUGCGACGCUCCCGGCAACAUGCCUGAAAAGUGCCAAAGACAUCAAGCACAAAAUCAGCUUCCUGCUGCAGAAGCCUGAACCCCACGCAGCCGAAGCCAAGGAGAUAAAGGAGAAAACCGCCAACGCCGCUGCAAAGAGGGUUCCUGAUGCAGCCGAGGUGGAGAAGUGGAAGGAAUCCUUCAGCCAUGUGAUGAGCAGCGAAAAGGGUCGGAGGGUCUUCACCAGCUUCCUGAAGUCGGAGUUCAGCCAGGAAAACGUGGACUUCUGGGUCGCUUGUGAGGAAUACAAGAAGAGUCCGGCCUCUCAGCGGGCGCCUCGAGCCAAGCAGAUCUACCGGCAGUUCGUGGAGGCCGACGCUCCCAACGAGGUGAACUUGGACGCGGCGACCAGAGAGACGACGAGGCGCGGAGUGGAGGACGCCGGGCCGUCCUGCUUCGACGUGGCUCAGAAGACCAUCUACACCUUGAUGGAAAAAGACUCGUACAGGCGGUUCCUCAAGUCCCAGGCGAUGAGGAACCCGGGUCAGAGAGAGACGGGAGGUUCCCAGGACAAGAAGAACUGUGACUGGACCAGGCGGGCGUUAGCCGGCGGGGCCUAAAGGAGGAGGAGCGGGGCCCCGGACUGGGGGCCAAAGACCGGAAACGCAUGUGAGAGCUGGACAUGAAAAGACUAAAGAUCAUUAGAUGGUGGUGAACGUGACUCGUGAAGGUUCAGAUGAGAUUCUCUUCAGCGGUUCUUCUACUUGCUGAUUUUACCGGCCGUGUUUAUCAUGUUAAUAUUUAUCAUCUUGUUUUAAAAAGAAAUAUGUUUCCCGUUUGUACGUUCACAGCUUUGUAAGCGCUACGUAGCGCCGAGGCGCCGAGACAAAAGACACUUCCGGUUUCCCUCCAGAGCACAACAGACCGUCUGGGCGAAGGUCGAGUUUUGUUGUUACUGUCAACAGAAAACAGUCUAGAGAUACAUCCAGUCCACAAACACGUCUUCAAAGAACAUUUCCGGCAUUUUACUAUAAAAAAAAAAAGGAAUCACUGCAAAGGAAGGAAAAAACAGCUUGUUAAAGACUUUGAAUGUUUGAUUCAUGAGCAGUGAGGCAAGGCAAGUUUAUUUGUAUAGCACAAGUCAACACAAGGUUAUUCAAAGUGCUUUACAUCAACAUUAAAAGCAGCAAGACACAAUUAAACAGUAAAUAACAAAUAAAAUGAAAUAAAAUGAUAAGAAAAGAGGUAAAAUGAUAAAAAGUACAAGUUGUUAAAAAGUAAGGGCAGUAGAGUACAGCAGGUACAUCUCAUUCUUACAAUGGCAAGAAAUACGUUUCUAUACGGUCAAAACGUACAAAGACCGGCUCAAAUACAGUAUUACAACUGGAUAGAAAACAGAACAAUUUAUAUAUUUAGAUUAAAGAGCAUUUAUAUGUGUGUAUAUAUAUAUAUAUAUAUAUAUAUAUAUAUAUAUAUAUAUAUAUAUAUAUAUAUAAUUUCAAAAAGCCAGUAUUUACGGCGCUUCUAAUGACAUCACUGAGGAUUAUAUUAUAAGAGAAAGUUUAACAGCAUUUCCAAACCUUUUCUGAAUAAUUGAACAAGUUUGAUUUAUUUAUAAAUGCACCAAGUCGUCACCUCCUCGCACCUUAGGCUUUUACACCCCGGGCUUUGACUACCAACUUAAGCACAUCAUGCCUUUUAAGUAGCUGGAGUAGAAGGAUCAGUUAGGCGUCUGUUCUGCAGUAUCAUGUUUAAGCUAUGAAGCUGAAAGAUCGUGCGUGUUCGUUUGCCUGGUGCACCAUAAGAAAACCAGUGAACAGAAUCAAAGUUAUUACAAACUUUAUUAUAUCAUGCACAAUGUUUUCUGGCCGGAGGUAAACUUUUAUCAAACCACAAAGGCAGGAGAGAAAUGCACACCGGGGUCAUGGAUCCAGUCGUAUUUAUACUAAAAAGGGAGGUGUUUGUACGUAAACCCCAUCUGCCAAACAGAUCAGACCUUCAUCGUCCCUGUUUAUUGCUUCCUACUUAGGAUGUCAACCCAGAUAACGGAUAAGACCCAUCAGUGUCUGUUUUUUCUUCAUUGUCUUCACCUAAUGAAGAGUAAAUAUCUGAACCGUUUUAAAAGCCUAGUCAUGAAACAGGAGUUGAACGUGCAACUAGAGAAAAAACCACCAGUGCAGAAUCUUAUAGAAAAACCCUUCAAACUCUUAAACAAUUUCAUAAAAUCCUAUCAAAGCUUUACAUGACAACGAUGUCUCUGGGAAGCUUUACUCUCUUCCAGGGUACCACUAACCCAAUCCUGGAAACGAGGCUCGAUGUUGGAACCACAUCUAAAGGAGUCACAAAGUAAUCUUCAAUAAGGAAACUGAAUUUAGUUUUCAACAACAAUUUGAACCGUGUGGAAUUCAGCGCCUGCAGCCGGCGCACAGAGAAGCUAGUUUUUCCUUUAAAAGUGGCAGUGAUGUUCAAUGCUAAUAUCUUUAAACUAGUAAAAAAAGAAACAACAUGAGAGGAAGGACUCAUUUCCUGUGAUGAGAAAACACACACAGCAGGAAACACGACAGAGCCGUCAGUAUUAUUAUUGUGUUCAAACAUGUUUUCAGGUCUGAAGAUAUUUCAGAAACCGUCACAUGAAACACGUACUCGGUUAAAACACGGCUGCUUACUUGAGCUCGCAUUGACACACGGAUACUUUAACACCACUUACUGGCUUAGCAGCCGUCCCAGGUUUGAAUGGUCCCUUCUCAUCCCCUGGUGCUUCGUUGUCAUGGUUACAACCAGCUUUGCUGUUUGAACAUGCGGAUCAUUUCUCUACACUGUGAAAAUUGUGACUUUGUCAAUUUCUAGUGGAGUUUUGAGCAUUUGAGUGUAUGUUGAUAUCAGUAGUCGUGUUUUUCUCUUGCAUGUGUUCGGUUCUUAACAGGACGACAAAUGAUUAAAUUGUGACUAAUUAUUCGGGCAAUUUUGAAGAAUCCCAGUGUAAGUGAUGCUCUAAAUAAGCUGACUUUAACAGAACACGUUACAGCAGCCUUGUUAGAUGAAUAUGUAAACUGUGAUGGAUAGACAACUGUGGCGUGUACGUAAAUACUUAUUAAAUAAAGAUUCUGUACUACUCAUGUCAUGCUCUGAAAGCAGAUUCACUAAUAAAAUCGUGUUGGAUGACCAGAA